CCUAGGCCAAAGAUGUUGGUGCAGCCUGACAAUCCCAGCUCAUCCUCCUCCAAGGAAUUGCUGAGUGCUCCUCACCCAAUAGCUAAAGCUGAACAACCUGCAACUCACUUACAGAUGGAGGACUCGGGAGCCCCAGAUACUAAAGACGACAUCAUG